AACUCAUGAGCAUUGUCAAGUCAGUCCUACCCUAGACUAGACUAGACCUAAAGGACCGAACCAACAUACACAAAUGUGCUGCAACAGUACCCGGGAAAAGUCUCAAAUAGGUAGGACCUGCAAUUCUCAAGGAUGGAAUUGGAUGGCAUACCACUGUCGUUGGUGUUAGUUUUGACCGCAGGCAAGUGGCAGAGCAAUCCCCCAAGCGGGUGCCUGCUUGCCUCAGCCUCAUGCCUGUCUGUUCAAGCAAAUAACCCCUGUCAACCCUUGACCAGGGUCUCGAUUGGGGACUUGGAGUUGCUACUGUCUGAUGCUCGCUUACACCCGUAUCGAAUGAUACCUACCCCCUUGAAGAGCCGAAAGAAGGGUCUUCCAACGCCAGGAUUGCACAGAUUUCAAAUCUCGUCUUGUCAGAUAAAUAUCAUGGACCGUGCCGCCCCAUGAUGGCGGAGAAAUAUGGGCAGGAUGUCUUGAGUACUCUGCGCCACCGUCAUCACUCAAUUUUUAUCAGCUCUGUUUUCCGUCCAGGGCUUCGUUUUUGAAAUCAUAGCCUUUACGUUUGUCAAGGCCUCUGCUCGGCCCACUCCGGUCUUGUCAUUCCCCGAGUCUCUUCACAGAGAGCCACAAACAUGAAGCUCUCGGUCCUAUUGGCCUCUGCCGCCGCGGCUCUGGUCGUUGGCACGGCUGUUCCUGCACAGGAUGUUCAGGUUAUGCGCAGAGACCCUAUCUACGACGGCCCCAUCCCGGUGAGGGAGCUCGUCAGGAGGAAUCACUUGGUACCUAUCGAGAGGCGUUCAGAUCUCAUCGAACGUAGGGCUCUCAAGAACAAGACCUACGCCUUGGACUGGCAGAAGCAAAAUGCCACCCUCUUCUCAGCAGAAUGGCAAGGGUCUUCACCCAGGAUACCGGUAGCCCCUAUCCCUGUGCCCAUCUCUCAAGCCGUCAGCGGCGGAUUCAGCCUGACCAUGCAGUGCGCCGACUGCAAGACGUACGGCAACAUCGUAGCGGCGCUAGACGACAGCUUCACGGAUGGUGAUGGCGUCCAAUAUCUCUUGACCUUCAACAAUGUUGGCGCCUACAUGGACCUGUCGCUGUUUGCAAGCGGCUCGGGCACUUACACCAUCGGCCUCGGCACAGCCUUUGGCCCUUCCACCAACGUCACAGGAAAGGUUUUGUCGGCCAACUUUGGAAUCUCAAUGGACCUGAUCCUGCAGGUGACUGGCAAGGUUCAGGCCAAUGGUGGCUUCCAAAUUUCAAUCCCAGAUGGUGAACAAGUUGGCUUUGAAGCCGAUUUUGAUUUCAACCCAACGAAACGGGAUGCAUUCAACCUGACCGGCCAAGUUCGCACAGCACCACGAGUCAACUUCUCCCUCCUCCCCCUCGCAACCUCGGACUCUUCGGUAAAUAUCACCGCCGCCCUGCGCAUGAAAGUGAACGCCGGCAUGAGCGGGACGUUUGGCCCGGACGACUUCCCCGGCCAGAUAACCCUCGAAGCCGCCGUGGGCGCGCAACUGACCGUAGUCGAGGCCAAGCUCGGCUCCGUGGUGGGCGGGUCGUCGUCGACGUGCAAGAACGCGCUCUUCAUCGAUGUAGACUCCAACGGCGGCGCCUUUGCCCGUGCCGGCGGCUCCAUCGGCACCCUCUCCUUUGAGAAGGGACCGUCCGCAACCACCACCUUCUUCGCCGCCGGCACGACAAUCUGCAUGGGCGAAAACAAACCCACCCCUCGGUUCAUCGCCACCACGCCCGAGGUCAGAGACGGCGGCGCGGGCGCGGCGUGCCCCACCACGGCCCGCGUCACCGAGUCGACGACCGUGUCGUCCGUCUACACGCUGACGACGUGCGCCGUGCCCGAGAUCAACUGCCCGCCGCGGUUCGAGCAGACCGUGGUGGCGACGCACGUCGAGACCAUCAGCACCAUAAAAUGCCCCGGCGUCACGACGCUCCCGGCGCUGCAGACGCAACCCCCGACCGUCGCCCCCGUCGCGCCCACCGGCACCCCCGUCAACCUGACCCAGGUGCCGAGCCCGCAGGUGGCCACCGUCCCGGCGUAUGCCAACUUUACGCUCCCGGCCAACGCGACCGCCGUCACGGGCGCGUUUGUCGCCGUCACGCCGCCGCCAGAGUCCCAAGGUGGGGGCGACAGCAAGGGCCCGGGCGACAAGAAGAAUUCCGGAUUCGUGUUGGAGGCUCCCGGGUUGUGGAGCACCACGGCUGCGAUGUUGGCUGUGGGUUUUAUAAUGGCUUUGUUAUGAUCUGAUUUUCUUUUCUUUGUGUUUUUGUCAUGCCGUCCUUUCUCUUUCUUCUUGUUUCUUUCGUACAUUCCAAGUCAGAGCAUCUGUACCAGGCAGAUUUCUUGCGUGCCUGGAGCACGGCGUUUGGGUGAAUACCUAUGUUUGAUACCACUAUAUCGAUUUAUUGCAGCUUUCCCUAAAAAGAAAUAGACAGGCAAAAGUUAUUUCUUAUUCCAGGUUAUCGUACCCACCUAAUUUACAAAAGUCCAAUCUCCUGCCCCCUUUUUCUCGACAAUUACCAUUGAGAGGCAAAAAAAAAAACGCUACUCCAACUCAACUUCAUCCAUGUUUCUGAUAAACAUAGUGAACCAAGCCACACCAUUAAUAUGCGCGCCGAUGCUCGCCUUCUCGUUCACGGUGUGGAUCCCGUCCAUAAAGUCGUCCGUGGAUUCGAGUUCAAACGCCGGCAUGUACCGGAAGAUGUGCUUGGUCACGUCCCAGUAGUACCUCGUGUCCGUGUUGCCCGUCAUGAGCGAUGGCGCAACGACCAGCUCCUCGCCGUACAGCGCCCGGGUAGUGCCCGAAAGCACCGCGUACGGCGUGAUGCCAUCAACCGAAGUGGGUGUGACGGGCGCCGGCUCGAGCGGUGCGCGGCGCACUCGCAGCGUGAUGGACGACGGUUCCUCUUCAUCAUUGUCCGGCUCGUCCACGUUGCCCGUCGGCACGUGCGAAAAGGCGUUGAGCGUGAGAUUGUGGCGUGCAGCCACCUUGCCGGCCAGGUGCUUGAGGCGGUCGCGAACCUGCGCCGUCGUCUCACCGACGUUGAUGCGGUAGUUGAUCCGCAGGGCCGUACGCUCCGGCAGCGCGUUGACCUUGACGCCGCCGUGGAUGAUGUCGGGCGCAAACGAUGUCGUGAAGAGGAACUUCGUCCCGGCGCCGGCCUUGGCGGCCUCCUCGGCCAAGGGGUCUUUACGACAGUGGCCUCUGCCAUCGCCGCGCUUGCCGAGAAGCUUGCUGAGACCCUUGGGGAAAUCCUCGGCGUGGUCGUUCCCGCAUUGAAGGAGGCUGAGAUAGGGGUUCUCGUCGCUCAGGCGUGGCGAGUACGGGUUGUCCUCGAGCGCCACGAUGAGCUGGGACAUGACGCCGAUGCCGUUGUGCGGAAGAGGGAUGCUAGAGUGGCCGCCGGGCAUGCGCACCACGACGUCUACGUCCAUGUACCCCUUCUCGGCGACGCCAGGGAGUGCAAAUGUGGUACCCCAUGUCUUUGUCAUGCCCGCUCCUUCGUCGACCAGGAUGGCGAUUCCAUCUUUGCCGUACCGUGACAAGAUCUCUGGCGCCAGGUGGCCUGCACCGCGAGCACCGGAAAUUUCCUCGUCAAAGCCAAACGAGAGCAGGACCGUACGACGCGGAGAGAAGCCUGCCUCAAGCAGCGCCUCAACGGCAGAAAGGAUGCCAAUCAGCGUGUUCUUGCAGUCCAUAGAACCACGGCCCCAAACGUAGUGACCAUCGAAGUGCCCGCUGAAGGGCGGGUGCGUCCAUGAACUAACGGUCUCGUUGGCAACGGGGACGACGUCGUAGUGGGCCAUGAGCAAGGUCGGCUUCAGGGACUUUUCGGACCCCUGCCAGGUGUACAGGAGCCCAUGCGUGUUGAUCUUGUCCAGGACCAACUUCUCGUGCACAAGCGGGAAAGUCUUGGCCAGAUACUCCACAAACGGCGGCAUGACAUUCCAUCGGGGGUCGGCCGAGACAUCCUCGCUCAGGUCAUCAUACGACACGGUCGGGAUGCGAACGGCGCCCGAGAGACGAGCUGCGCUGACGUCCUUGAAGACAGACGACUUGAGAUAGACAUCCAUCUCAUCCAGCUUUGUGGUGCUGGCAUUAGGCCGCAGAGGCGCGACCUGCGCGCAUUGCGGUUGUUUCUGGAUCGGGUUGCGGCCUGCCAAGAGAGAACCGCUGCCGCAGUGCGUCCACGCCAUCAAGGCGAGACUGGUUAAAAGAGCCGAGGCUGCCCAUCGUCUGCGACGGCGUUGUUUCUUCUCGAUUGCCGAGCCCGACUGUUUAAUGUUUGGCAGGGGCAAUUCCUGCUCACGCAAGCGUGUUUUUUCUUCCAUGAUAGAUGAUAUGGAUAAUUGACAGAGCGAUUACCUUGUUGACAAAAAGUGUCUGUCGUGCAUGAACGGACAAACUGGAGCUGCGUCAACCGUUGGCCUAAGCUUUAAGCUUUAGCUAAGAUUCCCAAGGUACGCUAGUAAUGAUAGCAAGGUGUCGCGCACGCACGUCAUUGGUG